GAUGAGGCUUAUACAUGUUGCAUUGUCCCAACCUUCGGCAUUUCGGGAAAAUCGGGUCGAACAUUCACUUACCUAUUUUUUUCUUCAUCUAGUACAACUGUUUCUUUAUCGAGCCGAUAUGGAGAAUCCCGCCGAUAAUAUCUUGACUCUAUUUUUCGACAUCUGUCGAAAACACCCACUCAGGAUCGCGUGCGACGGGGAAAGAAAGCUGAGCUAUGGAGAGCUCGAUCUUGCAUCAUGCGCGGUCACUCAGCAGCUCACUACGAUGGGAGUUUGUACAGGUGAUGUAGUUCCGAUUGUCACACAGUCCAGUGUCGAAAUGGUGAUAGGGAUUCUGGGGAUUCUGAGAGCUGGUGCAACGUAUGCUCCACUGGACGUUUCGCAAUGGCCUCUUACAAAGAUUUGGACCACAGUGUCACGUCUUGGUUCCAGGAUUGUGUUAUACUCUGGGCCUGAGGUAACUUUUGGGUCGAAUUUGAACACACUAAGCGUGGAGGAAGCACUGAGAACGUCGACAAACACCUCCCGCCCCGAUCACCGCAAUUACACGCUUAGGGAUAGCCUCGCGUGCAUAAUAUUUACGUCUGGUACGACGGGCGAGCCCAAGGGUGUCAUGAUAAGGCACUCUUCGUUGUUCCAUUUUGUAACCUCGCCACCAUUCAACUAUAACGUUGUAGGAAGUGACCGUGUACUUUUGGCUCUCUCAUGUGCAUUUGACGCAUGCAUGGGAACAAUUUUCAGUGUCUUGUGCAAUGGCGGUUGCCUUGUCGUGGCAGAUGGCACAAACUUCUAUGCGCGAGUUAGGGAGUGCACUGUUUUUGUAGGCACACCAUCAAUCUUGGAAUCCCUUGACCCCCCAUCAUCAUCAUGCGAUUACCCCUUACUCGACAGACUGAUACUGGGAGGGGAAACGCCGAGCAAGCAACUCCUGGAAAAAUGGGCCGUUAUAGGAAAGCCGAUAUGGAUCGCCUAUGGACCUACCGAAGCAACUUGCGCAACUCUAACCGGCGAGAUCACAGCCACUAGAAAUACGGGAAUUUCUGACCCAAGGAUUCUCGGAUUUCCGAUAUCUGGUGCCAAGAUCUCUAUUGUCGAUAGGAACAUGAAACCAAUUACAACACUUCAGGAGGAAGGGGAGCUUCUAAUUUCAGGGCCCGGACUGGCAAAGGGAUACUGGCGCAAUGACCAGCUAACCACCGAGAAAUUCAUUCUAUUUGAAGGCACUCGAGCCUAUAAAACCGGCGACUAUGCUAAAUGGACGGAAGACUUGCAUGGAAACCGCACCGUGUAUUACUGUGGCCGCAGAGACCGUUUGGUGAAGAUUCGAGGCUUCCUAGUCAAUCUAGAGACGGAUGUGGAUGCUGCCGUAUUGAAACGCAUUCCAGAAAUACAAUCAAUAUAUUCCUACUACGACGGUGUAAGAAUCUGUACUGCAAUCAAGCCACAGGAUCUCGACGAGUCGUAUCUGCUCUCGCAGAUGCGCCUUUUCAUGCCGCAGUACAUGGUCCCGGAAAGAAUAUUUGCUUUGGGGAGUUUUCCGAAGAACUCACAUGGCAAAACAGAUGUGCGAAGGCUACAGGAGAUGCUGUCCCAAAAACUGGAGAGUGAAGUCUUGCAGCAAUGCGAAGGGGUGUCCGAAACUCAGCUUGGCAGAGAUCUACUUGACGGACUGAGUGAGAUUUUCAAUGCUACCGCGAAGAAUGUCUAUCCCGCUCUCUCCUUCAUUGGGAACGGCAUAUACUCAUUGACGGCGACACGUUUGUGCUUUUUUCUGCGAAAUCGAGGAUACAAUUUUCGCCCCAUAGAUUUCUUGUCAUCCUCCUCCAUCACCUCGUUUAUCCAGGCGAAUUGCACACAAAGGCCGAACAUAGUUGAUGGUGGCGAUAAAACCCUCACAAACGUGGAUACGAUGGUGGAUUACGCUCCCUUAACUUCCCAGCAGCUACGAUUGAUUCAUGGCACUUCGAAACAAUCCCACUUCAACAUUGUCAAUUACAUCUUAGAAUUUGACCGCCGGCACUUGAGUCGUCUCCAAAGCGCGUGGGGGCUCUUGGAGCAGGUGGAGCCGAUAUUCCGCACCGAGAUUGUUGCCUACGAAGGCCAAUACAUCCAGCGGAUCGCAACUAAACCGUGCUCAUCGUGGACUCAACAUAACAUCAAUUCCGCAGAGCUCGAGAACGAGGUCUCCAAGGUCGCAACGAGCACACAACUCGGGCAUCAAUUCACCAUCAUGAACUUUCGAAACUCGAGCAGGGCUGCAUUUGUGUGGUCUGUUCAUCAUGCAUUGAUGGACGGAUUCUCCGCUGGUAUUCUUCUCAAGAAGAUCGAACAGUCCAUGCGGGGGGAGACCUUCACUCCUUCGAGACCAUUUCCAGCAGCGAUCCAAUCAAUUCAAGCUGCCUGGCAGCGCGAAAACAGCACAAAUCAGACCUUUUGGGAAGAGCAGGAGAUGCUAGUUCCUCAAGUUGCAGCAGAUCUCCCAGUUCCAGAGCCACAGAGUUUGGCGUCUGCUUCGACUCAUAGAACCUGUUGCGUGAAUUUUGACGAUUCUGCAGCACAAGUGGUCUCACAUUACUGCGCCAAGUAUAGUGUUACUCCUGCUGCGAUUUACUAUGCAACAUGGUCUCUACUCCUGUCAACUUAUACAGGUUCUGAUAGUGUUGUUUUUGGCGCAGUUUUCUCUGGUCGGGCUAGUGUCCAUUGCGAUAUCGACUGCCUCGUUGGAUGCUUACUCGACACCUUACCUCUGCGUAUUCGCGUUGAGAGAGAUGACUCCUCGUCAAACCUUGUUCAAUACGUACAUGAUCUGAUACACCGUACUGCCAAAUUUCAAGGAAGCUCCAACAGCAUUACCCAAACCCCCUACUCGACGGCAAUCUCCUGCGAUCCGGAACGGUGUGAUCACGGUCUUGCAGAUCUGGGUUUCAGUUCACGGGUCCUUCAGUACCCAGAUUUGCCAUUGCUAGUCAUCGUUCAAGAGGAUGGAAAUGUUUCUCUCCUGUACAAGACAAACACGUUCAGCGAGGGGUUUAUGCGGGACCUAGGAGAGGUUUACAAGAACAUAUUCAUGGCAAUCUUGGCGCCACACCUUUCGAUCCGGGAAGUGCUGCGGCAAAAGUACACGCGGGUGAAGCAGCAACAUAUGCUUGAGCUCGGGCACCUCGGCAGCAAAGAAACUUACACAGCUUCUGUCGGGUCAUCGUCCAUCGCAACUAUGUUCGAAGAUGCAAGCAGGCUCUAUGCGUCUGAGAUCGCGAUCGAGAAAGGAACCACAAGAUUGAUGUAUCUGCACGUCAAGGAGAAAGUGAAUCAGCUCGCUCUCAUCCUCCAAUCACUUGUGCAGCCAGGAGACAUCGUGUGUGUCUUGGCGGAUCGAUCGAUCAACUGGGUCAUCAGCAUCUUCGCUCUGUUCAAGGUUUCGGCCGUUUAUUGUCCCAUCGACGUGGGCUAUCCCAGCAACCAAGAGAAGAUCAUCCGCCUUUCGCAGACGAAGCUGGUUCUUUUCGAUGGCAUCGAACAAGGAGAACUAUUACCACAUAAUACUGUUCCCUUGUUAUGCGUUUCCGAAGUUCUGAGAGAUUCCAAACCCACUCAGUCAAUAAUAGAAGCAAGACGACUCCCAGAGCCGGAAGAUGCAGCUUUUCUGGUUUUUACCUCGGGUAGUACUGGAGAACCAAAAGGUAUCGUGAUAGAACACCGCUCUCUUGUAGCGUUGGUAGGCAGUUACAAGGCCCUGUUUCCAAAUUUCCAGGGAGCUCGCAUUGCCCAAUUUUUAUCCCCAGUAUUCGAUGUUGCCAUGCACGAGAUCCUAUGGUCGAUUGCGUCGGGCGGAACUCUCGUUCUUCGGACAGACGACAGAAACCCGUUUUCGCAUAUUGGGAACGUAGACACGAUCAUGGUCACUCCAUCUGUAGCAGCCAAUCUAGACCCCAAGGAGUAUUCCCAUCUGCGCUAUUUACAUCUGGCAGGGGAGCCUGUACCGGAGCAUGUUGUAAAGAUGUGGGAUUCUCCUGGUCGGGAGAUUUUCAACAUCUAUGGUCCAGCGGAGGCUACAGUCGUGACCUGUACGCAGCGUUUGAAAUCCGGUGAGCCAGUCAGCUUGGGACGUCCUAUUCCUUCCAUGCGACUGUACGUCCUGAACGACCAUAUGGAAGUCCUGCCUCCAGGAGUAAUCGGCAACAUCUAUGUUGCCGGGAUCCAUGUCAGUCGCGGCUAUCUGAACAACGAACGUGCGACCGGGUCUGCGUUCUUCGAUGACCCCUUUGCGCUUCCGAAUCCAUCAUCGCAGGAGCGCAUGUAUUGUACCGGAGAUCUGGGAUACGUGGACAGCAAUGGCCGAGCGUACUAUCGUGGUCGCAAAGACCGGCAAAUCAAGCUGCGGGGAUUCCGCACCAAUCUCGACGAUGUAGCGCACACCGCCCAGAGACUGAUGCCCGCGCUCAAAAAAACAUUUGCGACGGAAAGAGAUGGCCGCUUGAUACUCUGGAUCGAGCCCGAGAGCAUCGACAAAGGAUCAUUGCAAGAGCUUCUCUCGACUUCACUACCCGUACACGCAAUUCCAUCGACCAUCGUUGCGCUGGAACGACUGCCGCUGAAUCCCAAUGGCAAAGUUGACUCCAAGAAACUAGGAAGCCUGGUACUGCCUAACCCGUCCAAAGCCACGUUAACCAAGUCAUACACACUCUCGCCUGUCGAGAGCUUCAUUGCGGAGGAAUGGCGGGAUCUUUUGAGUCUAGAGGAGACGGCGUUGAUUCAGUCCCACGACAGCUUCUCCAUGAUGGGAGGACACUCGGUGCUGCAGCUCGCUCUCACCGCUCGUCUAAAGAGGAGAUUCAAGGUACCUAUAGCAGUGAAGGAUGUCAUCACGGCGCCGACCUUAGGGAAACUAGCGGAAAGAAUCAACGAGAAGAUGGUAAGCCAGCAAACCGCGUGCAAGGCAGCACUCACAGACAUGUCACCACUGGGCCGACAACGUCUCUCACCCCCGGAACUGGACUGGUGGUAUCGAUACCAAUCCGCUGAGGAAACCUCUGCAUUCAACAUACCAUUUGUCGCUCAUUUGGAUUCAAGCACGAACUUGCGCAGGCUCAAAGUCGCAAUUGAGUCCGCAGUGGCGCGCUAUGAGGUUCUGAGAUCUAGGUUCAUUGCUUGCGAAGGCAAGGAUCCACAGCGCGUUCUUUCCCAAAACCAUAUCUUGGUCCACAUAGCAGAAGAGAAGAGCUUCGACGUCCAAGCGUUCCUGAACCGGCCAUUCGACCUCACCGAAGAUGCUCUGGUCCGCGUCACUUUAACGAAGCGAAUGGUGGCGUUCUCUAUAUCCCACAUGGUGAUGGACCUGACUGCCCUUCGCCAGCUGCUCUCGGAUGUUGCAACUGCAUACAACGACGGAAUCGGCGCCUUGCAACCUCCGUUGCGCCAGUACUUCGACAUCCCGCAAUGGAACGCCCCAAUUGAUCCAGCCAGCGUUUCCUUCUGGCGCUCCUAUCUCGAUGGAACCGAUCCUUGCCGGCAACGGCCCCGCAGGUCCUACCGGGGAUCCUCUUUGUUUGCUACCGUCGACGACGCCAUCUAUCGGCAGAUCCUCACUCGGAUUACGCGACAACAUGUUUCUCUCCAACAAUUUACCCUUUCCGCCGUGGGCCUUGUAUUGCAGGCCUUGGUGGGCUGCACACCCCUUGUCAUUGGCACACCGUACAUCAAUCGAACCCUCGAGCUCGAGGAGACUGUCGUUGGCCUCUGUCUUGAGCCCCUACCCAUCCGCAUCGAUUGGCCUCUAAGGGCAGCUAACAGCGACGACCUCCUCAUGGCUACGAAGAUGUCAGCCCAGUCCGCCCUUGCCCACGCCGUGGCGUGGCCGAGGUUACUGGAGGCUCUUGAAAUACCGUUCCCGUUGCGUCAGCAAGAAAUCUUCGACGUGGUCGUGACCGUGCAUGACGAUCGGCGUGGGGUUCUCGGGCUGGCGAUUCCAGGGUUGGCGGCGAUGCAUGGCCAGAUGCCGCAAUUGUAUCCGCAUGGAGCCAAGUUUCCGCUAUGCUUUGAGUUGCAGGCAUAUAAGGAACAUCUGACCGUGCGAUUAGAAUACGACACUGAUAUAAUGCAGAGUAUGCAUGCGCGCAUCCUGCAACGUCUAUUAUCAGUGGCAUUUGAAGCGCUGUUGCAGGCUGACUCGACAUAUACGGAAACACUGUCGCGAAUAGAGAAUGCGCUGCGCAAAAGUAGUAUGGAGAACUGUGUCCACCUCGAAGAACUACCAUAUAUCGCAAAGACUCGUUUGGUGUAAGUAGUCAAGGAAGCAACUUUUUCCCUUAUCCGUGUUACUCUUGUCAGGUAUCAAAUGGCAAAAAUAAUUGAAAUAGUAGAGGUUCAGUCAUGCAUAAUUGCUUUUUGUCCCUUCUACCGUCGGUAAUCUUGAACAUAAUGAUCUUGCUGUAUAUCCCGGUCUAUUCGUCAAACCACGAAUCUAUGUUUUUCAAGUGACGCUACGUGACUCGGCUUCAUCGUUUUCGUUCACUCGGAAGUGCUUGCUCCUUUUCUUUGACCCUAUCGUUGCUCGUUUUUGUGAGCAUCAAGCCAUCAUUUGGUUAGUAAAACUCUCUUUAGCCCCGUUUGAUAACGUACUCUUACUGAUAGAUGACACGGUAAUCAGACUAUUUUUGCGCUUCGCCAACGUAGUUAUCUGUUCUCUUCGUUUUUGCUGUCCACUUACCAGCGUUUCAAACGAAGGGCAUGGUAU